CCAGAGGGAGUGGCCUGGAGAUCCAGAGGCUGUGGAGAUCCUAGGGAGAAGAACUGAUUUGGAUACGUUUCAGUCCUGCCCCUUCUGGGCCUUCCCCCCUCAUCUGUCCCUCGUUAGCCAGGGUGUUGCUGGUUUUAAUCCCACAUUCUCCCCAGUGUGUUUACCUACACAGAUUCCUAUGUGGGGCUGCUGGCACAUGGGGCAGGAGGUGCCAGACGCCAGCUAUGAUCAAUACGAGGCAGGAUCAGGGCAAUAGUUUGAGCCCCAGCACCAGACCCGGCAAUGCCGUUUGGCUGCGUCACCCUGGGAGACAAGAAAGAUUACAACCAGCCAUCCGAGGUGACUGACAGAUAUGACCUGGGACAGGUCAUCAAAACGGAGGAAUUCUGUGAAAUAUUCAGGGCCAAAGAGAAGACGACGGGAAAGCUCUACACAUGCAAGAAGUUCCUGAAGAGAGAUGGUCGGAAGGUGCGGAAGGCAGCCAAGAAUGAGAUCAUCAUCCUGAAAAUGGUGAAGCACCCCAACAUCUUGCAGCUGGUGGACGUGUACGUCACUCGCAAAGAGUACUUCAUCUUCCUUGAACUGGCCACGGGCCGGGAGGUGUUUGACUGGAUCCUGGAUCAGGGUUAUUACUCUGAGCGGGACACCAGCAAUGUCAUCCGACAAGUGCUGGAGGCCGUCGCUUACCUGCAUUCACUCAAGAUUGUGCACAGGAACCUCAAGCUGGAGAACCUGGUGUAUUACAACCGUCUGAAGAACUCCAAGAUUGUGAUCAGUGACUUCCACCUGGCAAAGCUAGAGAACGGCCUCAUCAAGGAGCCCUGUGGCACCCCAGAGUAUCUAGCUCCGGAGGUGGUGGGACGGCAGCGGUAUGGACGGCCUGUGGACUGCUGGGCUAUUGGUGUCAUCAUGUACAUCUUGCUGUCAGGGAACCCACCCUUUUAUGAGGAGGUGGAAGAGGACGACUAUGAGAACCAUGACAAAAAUCUCUUCCGCAAGAUCCUGGCUGGCGACUACGAAUUCGACCCGCCUUAUUGGGAUGACAUCUCCCAGGCGGCUAAGGAGCUGGUGACACGUCUGAUGGAGGUGGACCAGGACCAGAGGAUCACAGCUGAAGAAGCCAUCUCCCACGAGUGGAUUUCUGGCAACGCCGCCUCAGAUAAGAACAUCAAAGAUGGCGUCUGUGCUCAGAUCGAGAAGAACUUUGCCAGAGCGAAGUGGAAGAAAGCUGUGCGAGUGACCACACUCAUGAAGCGACUCCGUGCACCCGAGCAGGCUGAGCCGGCAAAGCCAACCCUGCCAGCUGCCGCCAUGCCAGACAAUGCCGCCUCGCCGGCCACCGCCGCCGCACCUGACAACACCACCCCGACGGCGGGAGCCCUGGCUACGUGUAAUGGAGAAGAAGCCACUGCCCCCAGUGCUACCCCCGAGGCCUGGACCGAGGAGACCGGCUGAGCAGGAGGGAUGGGGUGGGGAAGCACUGGAUCUCUCAUUGUACAUAGUCGCUGGCAUGGUAUCCAAA